AUGUCAUCGGAAUGCGAUUUAAAACAAAUACCUCCUCAUCAGAUCAAAGUAGAAGCAUGGCAACAUUUUGAGUUAGUUCAAACUGCGAUCGAAGAAGUAGAUAGUACAUCAGAUCAUUCGCAAUAUAGAAUCGAUUUCGAAAAUUUAUUUUUUGAGACAGUUGCGGAAGCUGAGCAAAAGACAAGCUCUAUCCGAGUGAACCAGAAUGAUACGUCAGUCCGAAGCUCAGAUCGUGGAGAGAGCGUUAACUCAACGUCAUCGGACAUAAAACUGGCACCGUUAAACAUACCGGUGUUCGGUGGUAAGUUCACCGAUUGGGAACCAUUUAAGGACAUGCUCAUAGCAUGUGUUCAUACAAACGAUGGAUUAACGCCAGUUAAAAAAAUUUUUCACUUACGGUCAUCGCUUACCGGAGAUGCAGCGAAUUGCAUAUAA